GUUUGUUUUGUUUUGUUUUCUUUACACCCAUGUAGCCUUCUGUUACAUUCUUCGAAAACCUCCAUAGUUUGAAAACCUUCAGCUGUACAUUAACGGCUUCCGAACUUUUCUUUUCACUGAGCUUAAUUAAUGUUUGAUAUAUUUUGUGCCUGCAGCCAGAACUGAAAGCGAAUGGGGAUUGAAUUGCUCUGCCUUUUUUUCCUAUUUCUACAAAGGAAUAAAAAUGUACAAGGAAAUUGUGAUUCAGGGAGUGCCAUGAACUGUGAAGAUUGUUUGCUCUCUGGACCAAGCUGCCGCUGGUGUUUCCAAGAGAAUUUUACUGAUCCAUCUGGAAUUCAUAAAAGGUGUGACACUCUUGAAAAGCUUAUUUCAGAAGGAUGCCAGCUGAAUUUAAUUGAAUUUCCCAUUUCCAAAGUAGAGAUCCAUGAAAACAAGCAGUUGAGUGAUGGACCACAAAUAAGUGGUUCAGAAGUUACUCAGAUUUCUCCUCAAAAGAUAACUGUUUUCCUACGGCCAGGAAAUGAAGAAACAAUACAGAUCAAUGUUCGUCAGACUGAAGAUUGUCCAGUUGAUCUCUACUACCUCAUGGACCUUUCAGCUUCUAUGAAUGAUGAUCUGCAAACCAUUAAGGAACUGGGGUCUAUCUUAUCCAAAGAAAUGUCUAAGCUCGCAAGUAGCUUUCAGAUGGGCUUUGGGUCUUUUGUUGAAAAACCAGUUUUACCAUUCAUUAAUACUCUGACGGAAGAGCUACAAAAUCCUUGCCGAAAUUACGCAUUUGAAUGUUUGCCAACAUUUGGAUACAAGCAUGUUCUCUCAUUGACAAAUGACUCAGAAAGAUUCAAUGAAAUUGUGAAAAAGCAGAAAAUCACUGCAAAUUUAGAUACUCCAGAAGGAGGAUUUGAUGCAAUUAUGCAGGCAACUGUUUGUAAGGAAAAAAUUGGCUGGAGAAAUGAUUCAUUACAUCUGUUAGUGUUUGUGAGUGAUGCUGAUUCUCAUUUUGGGAUGGAUAGUAAAUUAGCAGGAAUAGUUAUUCCAAAUGAUGGAAAAUGCCAUUUGGAUCAACAGAAUGAAUACUCCAUGUCAACUGUUUUGGAAUAUCCAACUUUAGGACAAUUGAAAGAGAAAAUUGUGCAAAACAACAUUCUGCUAAUUUUUGCAGUCACCAAGGAACAAGUUCAUUUGUAUCAGCAAUAUGCAGAUCUUAUUCCUGGAGCUACUGUUGGAAGACUACAGCAUGAUUCUGGAAAUAUCCUCCAGUUGAUUAUAGAUGCAUAUAAGUCACUCAGGUCUGAGAUAGAGCUGGAGGUGCUAGGGGACACAGCUGGAUUAAAACUUGCUUUCACUGCCAUCUGCAGCCAUGGCUCUGCCUUUCCACACCAGAAGAAAUGCUCUCAUAUUAAAGUGGGAGAACAGGUCACUUUCAAUGUGACUUUAGGUUUGAGCCCUUCAGCUUGCAGUGAAGGGAGAAAGAAAGUCCUAAUGAAGCCCACUGGUCUAAAUGAAGCAUUAGAGAUUGAGAUCCAGCCCGAAUGCAGCUGUCAUUGUCAGAAGGAAGUGGAGGUGAAUAACUCCAAGUGCAACUACGGGAAUGGUUCUUUCGAGUGUGGGGUAUGUGUGUGUAACCCCGGCUACGUGGGUCCAGACUGUAAAUGUAGCGAAAAAGAGACACUGAAUACAGAGUCCUGUAAAAGUUUCCCAGAACAGAUCUUGUGCAAUGGAAGAGGUGACUGCUAUUGUGGACAAUGUAUUUGCCACCUUUCAGCAUAUGGACAUAUAUAUGGGCCAUACUGUGAAUGCGAUGAUUUCUCUUGUGACAGACUUAGAGGGCAGGUCUGUGGAGGUAAUGGGGAUUGUGACUGUGGUCAAUGCAUUUGCCACCAGGGCUGGACAGGUGAAUACUGUAACUGUACCACAGAUACCGAGAGUUGUAUUUCUAAUGAUGGCAUCAUCUGCAGUGGGAGAGGCAAAUGUGUGUGUGGGAAAUGUAUAUGCACAAAUCCUGGGGUUUCGGGCAACGUCUGUGAAAAACACCCUACAUAUGAUGAUCCUUGCAACUCUAAAUGGAGCUGUGUGGAAUGUUAUCUAGCUUCUGCUGAUCUACCGCAUCAGGAAGACUGCACUGAAAAAUGUAAAUUGGUUGACGCAAUGAUCAGUCAUGAUGAAGAUAUUAUGGAAGACAAAUGGAUUCGUUGUGUGUUACAAGGGAAAAAUGAAUCUAUUAUCACAUUUCAGAUGACAGCUAAUGAACAGGGAAAAGUCAUCAUUCACAACAUAAAGCAAAAUGAUUACCCACAACCUCCAAAUAUUACAAUGAUUAUGUUGGGUGUCUCUACUGCAGUAGUCGUCACCGGGAUUGUAUUACUUUCCAUGUGGAAAUUGUUUAUUUCAUUUGAAGAUCGUAAAGAAGUUGCUAAAUUUGAAGCAGAGAGGUCAAAGGCCAAAUGGCAAACG